CACUCCCUCCAGCCCAGCAUGCCCUCCCGCUCGCGCAGCGACUCGUCCGGCUCUCGCGCCUCCAGCUCUUCCUCUUCAAGCGCCGGCGAUGCGCAUGCCGCAGCUCUGGCGGCGCUGCAGGCUCACGGCGCCGACUUCCUCGCCGCCUGUGGCAUGGCUCCAGCCGCCGCCGCCGCCGCUGCCGAGGACGACGACCACGACGAUGACGCAGAGGACCAUGAGGGGGAGCCGCCGGCUGCACGAGCAACGGCGGGCAGCACGGUUGCUGCCUCUGCCGCUUCCGCCUCUGCGCACAAGCAGCUCGCAUCCGCUGCGCCAGAGGUGCGCACGCAAGCGGCGGGCAAGAAGCGCGCCCGCGAGCCUGUCACGGUCGUCUUUGAGCAGACGGGGCGGCGACGAACAGGCGAUGAGGCGAGCGGCGGCGAUGCGCAGCGCGGGAGUGCGAGGGACUUCAUGUCGUCGAAGGUGCAGCGAGUGCAUACCUCUCAGGCCGCCGGCUCAAGUCGCAAGAGCGGCGUGACGUCCGAGGAUGAGGCGGACGAGAAGGCUGCGCGAGCAAACGACAAGGAGCUGUCGCAUCUCCUCUCCACUACGCUCUUCGCUCCUGGCUCUGGCGCGUCUUCUUCGACGCGCGGACUGUCGCACGGCGACACUGCCGCUCGCCUGGCGGAGCUGGGCGCUAGCAAGAAGGAGUUGAGAGGCGCAACGGUGGGGAGAGGAUGGGGAGAGGCGAAAGUCAAGGCUCAAGACAUGGCCGCCAUGCCUGCCGCCAUGCGUGCCGGGAUGCGCAAGAAGGAGAUGGAGCGCCAGGACAAGCGCGUGGAGCUGGCAAAGGAGCUGGGCACGUACCAUACGAGCCUGAAGAAGAUGAAGGAGGUGGGCAGCGACCUGAUCCUGGGCACGAGAAGGCUGGAGAAGGAACAGAGAACGAGAGAGAAGGGCGUGGGCAUGGGAGUCGGCACGUUCAGGAAUGGCACGCUGAAGAUUGGCAAGGCGGAGAGGGAGAGGAUCGAGGGGAGCAGGGGUGGCAAGACGAGGGGACGUGGAGGCAGAGGAGGAGCGGCAGGAAGGGGAGGCAAGCGUGGGAGAGCCUGAAUGUCAUCUGAUC